GUUGAUACGCACACCAACGAAAUCUCAGCCGUCCGUACGGCGGCGAACAAACACGAUCGUCGUCUACUCGUACGUCAAUCGUCAUCGUACGUGUAGUGUAUGUAUCACCCUGAUAUAAACCCCUGAAACGCAUCGUCAAAUCUGAUCUCCAACUCGAUGGUUUAUUAAAACCUCGACACUCCAAAGCAGAGGAGAUUGAAGAGAGAAGGGAGGAGAUGGCGACUUCGAUCGUGGACGACUUCGGCGACGGCACCUACACGGUGGCGUUCGACGAGGACUACAUCCACACGACGGUGACUUACUCCGGCGAUGACGUCGACGAUUGGCUGGACGAGAUCCUCCGCAUCCACCGCCGCCGCCUCAACUACCUCGUCGUCGGGCUCGACGUCGAGUGGCGCCCCGCCACCUACUAUCACGGGCCGGGCCCCGUCGCCGUGCUCCAGAUCUGCGUCGGCCGCCGCUGCCUCAUCUUCCAGAUCCUCCACGCGGACUACGUCCCGGACUCGCUGUUCGACUUCCUCGCCGACGGCCGCUUCACCUUCGUCGGCGUCGGGAUCCACGACGACGUGGCCAAGCUGAGGAGCCAUCACGGGCUGGAGGUGGAGAACGUGGUGGACCUUCGCUACCUCGCCGCGCAGACGAUCGGGAAGCCGGCGCUGCGGAGCGCCGGGCUGCAGGGGUUGGUGCGAGAGGUGAUGGGCGUGUGGGCGCCCAAGCCUUACCACGUGCGGGUGAGCGCCUGGGACUCUUGGAAUCUGACGCCGGAGCAGGUGAUGUACGCGUGCGCGGACGCCUUCGCCUCGUUCGAGGUUGGCCGGAGUCUGUACUACGACUACGACUAGCACCGCCGCCGGUGUCAAUGGAUGCCAUCUGCCACUAAGUGUCGUUUACUGUUUUGUGUCUUUGAGAGGUCAUCUCAUCUCACGCUUCACAUGCUUUGAUUUUUUUUUUUGGUUAAACUUGCUGUGGAUCGACCUGUGGUGGUUAGACGUGUACAGAUACAUGCAGCAUUCCUUGAAUUACCGUA